GUGGUGGAAAUAUAUAAACAAACACGGCGUUUGCUGUGCUGGAGAUGAAGGCGUGAGGGCUUUGUACUGAUAGUUACCCGCGGGCCAGGACUGUCACGAAGACACCGCUGUUUGAGGCACUGCGUAUCAUCUCGCCUUUCUGUCAUUCUCUAUGAACCAAACAACGGCGGAAGCCAAUCAGAAGCGAAAGUUGGGUUGGAGGGGGCCAAUCCGAUAAAAGGAAGCUAGAAGUCUAUUUCCGGGUCUGAAGCAAUAGUUAUGUCUUCUGCCCUGGAAGGAGAGCUCACAAUCGUCCUGGGAGGCGGGGCUGUCCCACUGCCCGAAACGUAUGAUGUGGCCCCUGAAUCCCCCAAACCUCUGAGACUGCGACACAGCAUUUGCUACAUCGUCAUGGGGGUGUUACUGAAUGAGAGGGAUGAGGUGCUGAUGAUGCAGGAGGCAAAGCCUGAAUGCCGAGGAAGCUGGUACUUGCCUGCUGGCCGGUUGGAGAAGGGGGAAACACUGGUGGAAGGAUUGUGCCGAGAGGUAACAGAAGAGACGGGACUUACAUGUGAACCCAUCACCCUCCUGGCUGUGGAGGAGAGAGGAACAGCCUGGAUUCGAUUUGUAUUCCUGGCCCGGCAGACAGGUGGCUCUUUGAAGUCUGAGCUUUCAGCAGACUCAGAAUCCCUGCAGGCCUCUUGGUGGGACACAGUUUCGUCAUUACCCUUGCGCUGCAGAGACAUUGUACCUCACAUCAAGCUGGCUAUGGAAUAUCAGAAGCUCCCGUCUCAUCCCUCUGUCCUACCUCAGGUCUUCGCUUCACCCCACUUGGCCUUGCGCCUUGUUCUCCUGUGCUUUGGCUCAGAGGGGCAGGUUUGGGUGCUACAGAGUGUCGUCCAUUCUCAUGGCCUUCCUGUUAUUCUUUGCUCCACAAGCAGAUCGAGCUUCCUUAACUCACUGCGAUGUCUUCUCAAAGACCCACCCAGGUCUUGUGGAAUUCUGGGAUUACAUCACCAAGGUGGGGAAGGGGCAGACGGCGUAUGCUUUAACAUCAUGGCAGAGGUCAGUACCAAUGAGCCCCCCUCAGUGCCAGGAGAAGGCUUCCGCUGGGCACUUAUAAAGGAGGAGGAGCUUAGGGGACAAUUGGAGAGUACAGUGAAGGAGAAAACGCUGCUUCCCUUAUACAGCUGAGCUGGCUCUACAUAUGAACUUUACCUUCAUGAUGCUUCAUAUAGAUCAGUUUAUCUAGAAAUAUGCACCUAUAUAUCUACAGAUAUUUAUUUUAUUAUGUUUGCAGACAUGAACUGGAAUCUGUGCCUGUAAAUGCAUGUUCUUAUUGACUAUUCUAUAUCCCAAAUGCAGUGCUUAAUAACAGCCCUGCCAAUAUGCACCACAAGGCAUCUGCUAUAGGGGUACAUUAUCACCUAUAUAAAAACCCUCACCAUAUUAUUCUUGCUUGAGGUGGGAGGGCUUGCCUACAGA